AUGCCGCCAAAGAAGGCUAGCAGUGAGCAGUACAAACACCUAAUUGAUUUAAUUGAGAAAUCAGACUGCAUUAGAUGGGGCAAAGGUACCCCCGAAGUAAAAAAAAAUGCCUGGGAAAAUAUUGCCCUGCAAUUAAAUGCUUUAGGGGGAGUAGAAAAAAAUGGGGAAGGAUGGAAAAAGGCAUUCACUGAACUAAAGUCUCACAUUAAAUCAAAAAUUAGGGGUGAGAAAAAUUUGAACGAUACAGAAACGAAAUGUGCAGAAAUAAUGGGUAUUUUUGCAUCAUGUUCUGGGAUGGCACAGGUACCAGAGCUGGGAUUGACAGUUCAGAAUGAAAUUUAUCAAGUCGAUGAAAAAGGAUUUUUGGUGGUGGAGGAACCAGAACUUCCCAUAGUGGAGUCAGAUUCAGAAGUGGAAAAAAACGAGCAGAGAGUUGAAGUUGCUCAAUCAGCUCAGUCUGUGGCUGACAAGAUUGAGGAGACUGAUAAAGGCAAAAGGCCCAAACAAAUAUUUAAAAAAAAGUCUACCAAAUCAACUCAAUCACUACUGGGUGAGCAUAUAAAUACUACAAAUAAAGAAGAAGCCUUUCAACAAUUGUGUCACCAGCUAAAUGGUGAAAAAAAUGCUCCAGAAAGAUCCACUGCAAAUUGGAAAAGGAUUUUUAGUGAUUGGGAGACGAAAGUCAAAGCUAAAGCCAGAAGAAUUCACUUCGAGCAAGAGCUUACUGGAGGUGGAAUACCAAUAAUAGAAAUAUUAACAAAUCUGGAAAAAAAACUGUUAGAGAUUCUAUCAAAAAUUUUAAUUUAUGGCCACCCGGAUAUUAUAGAGCUAUGCUUUAAAAGAAAAAAUAAGUUUAAAAAGUGUACAUACAAAACCAAAUCAAGAAAAACAGGAAUAAAAUACAAAACGCGUUUAGGAGAAUCUUUUGAGCUGAAUCCCAUUUUACUGAGGGAAUUUGAAAGAAUUCUAAAUUGCAUAAAAAUUAGUUUAUGCAUUUUAAAUGAUGCACUGGAAAAUCUAAUGGGUGCAUUACACAUAAAACAAUAA